AUGGCGGAGAGCAGUAUCUCGUUUUUCGUAGAGAAGCUGUAUGACUCGGUUUCACAACAAGCCUCACUCUAUGGGGCAGUAGAAGGGCAGGUCAGGCUGCUCCGAAACGAGCUGGAGUGGAUCCGCCAGUUCCUAGAAUGUGCGGAUGCAGAGCGUAGAUACGACAAAAUGUUCAAGCUGUGGGUGAAUCAGAUCAGGGAUGCAGCCUAUGAUGCCGAAGAUGCCAUUGAUGAAUUCAUAUUCAAAGUGGAACGCAAACGACUGCAGAGAUUCAAUAAUCUCAAGUUCCUCAACUUGUUACCCGCAUGCGUGGUCUUGCCUGACAAGUUACGGCUUGUGAAUGAGCUCAAUGGGCGUAUCAGUGAGACCAAUAUCACACUUGAGAAGAUUUUGAUUAAUAAACGGAGGUACGGCAUGGAAGAUCUGAGAGCUUAUGAACCUGGGAGCUCUUCCGGUAUUGCAACUACUUCUGAACGGUACUCCAAUCAAAUGGUGGCCAGGAAAGAGAAGAGGAUUCCCACUGUUGAAGAAACCAACGUUGUGGGGAUGAAAAAUGAUGUGGAAGCUGUAAAGGGAAAGCUGUUAGAGGGAGCAAUGGAAAGAGUAGUGGUGGCCAUCUGGGGGAUGGGUGGCCUUGGCAAAACUACUCUUGCCAAGAAAGUUUACAACCACAGCGAUGUUCAGCACCACUUUAGUUGCCGUGCUUGGGUUUAUGUAUCUCAAGAGUACAAUAUUCGGGAGCUUUUGCUCGGGAUCGCCAAUUGCGUCACGACUCUCGAGGAUGAACAAAAACGUAAAAAUGAAAAUGAGUUGGGAGAAGUGGUUAAAAAAUGUCUCCAGGGAAAAAGGUACUUGAUAGUACUUGAUGAUGUAUGGAACACCGAUGUUUGGCGCGGGUUGAGCUCAUAUUUUCCCGCAGAAUCAAAUAAGAGCAGAGUGUUGAUCACUACUCGCAGAGAAGAUAUUGCUGUAGAUGCUCAUUCAGAGUGCUAUAAACUUCAACUUCUGGGUGAAAAAGAAAGCUGGGAGCUGUUUCUCAACAAAGUAGGGAGUGAAGCAGUACUGACAUGGCCAGGGUUGGAGGAAUUCAAAAAGGAGAUUGUAGCAAAAUGCAAAGGUUUACCUCUUGCAAUUGUGGUUCUUGGAGGACUUCUAUCACUGAAAGAUCUGACACCAGAAUCAUGGCGGAAAGUGCUUAAAACCAUGGAUUGGCAUCUAAGUCAAGGUCCCGACUCCUGUUUGGGAAUUCUUGCACUGAGCUAUAACGACUUACCCACUUACUUGAAGCCCUGCUUUCUUUACUGUGGGGUUUUUCCGGAGGACUCAGAAAUCAAAGCAAGUAAGUUGAUUCGCUUGUGGGUUGCUGAAGGAUUUGUACAAAAAAGGGGAAAAGAAACCCUGGAAGACAUUGCAGAAGACUACCUAUACGAGUUGAUCCAGAGAAGCAUGAUUCAGGUGGCUGAUACGAGAGACGAUGGAAGGGUGAAGUCUUGCCGUAUACACGACCUGCUUCGAGACCUUGCCAUUUCAGAAGCUAAAGAAGAAAAACUUUUUGAGGUAGAUGAAAACAUUGAUGUGGACGUGCCUCCUACUAGUGUUCGUCGACUGAUCGGUAAUAUUGAUCAGACCAACUCUCCACAUUUGAAAAAUUCUAAUAUCCGAUCUUUGAUCCUCAAUAGAUCCAUUGAUGGAGGAGAUGAGGUAUGUUUACAUAAAUGCCCCAAAUUGCUUCGGGUCCUGCACGUGGACUCGCUUUACAAACUACCAGGAAAAAUAGGAGAACUCAUCCACCUAAAAUAUUUAUGCUUAAGCGGAAUUAAGUGGGGAAUAUUCCUUCCACCAUCAAUCGGUGGGCUUGUUAAUUUACAAACCCUUGAUUCAGGAGCGGAGUUCAUCUGCAUACCCCAUACAAUUUGGAAAUUGAAGCAAAUGAGACAUCUAAAUUGUUGGGGAGGUAGGAUCUCAUCAAGGCAGUCAAUGAGAGAGAGGUGGGUGGAAGGCCAUUUGGGUGUCCAUCAAAUGACCAACCUUCAGACAUUAUAUUUAGAGGGUGGCGAUUGGUUGAAGGAUAACAACUUGGGAAAACUGGCCCACCACCUAAAGCAAUUGAAGCUAGACCUUUAUUCUCACCCAAAGUUGAAGGAGGGGUCGUUCCGAUCAAUAGCCCAAUUAACUGGGCUUCAAAAGCUGAAGUUGCUUACUGAUAAAUUUAUAGAAAGCGAGGGAUUGUCAACAUCAACACCAAUUCUAUUCCCAGGUCUGGAGUCUUUCUCACACCACAAGUGCCUCUACAAACUGCGUCUAGUGGGACCCAUCCGAAAACUACGCGUGGAAACAACACUCUAUCCUCCGAAUCUCAUGCAACUCAAACUGUUUCGUACUAGAAUGGAGGAAGAUCCAAUGCCAAUACUAGGGAGGCUGCCAAACUUGAGGAUUCUCACAUUAUUACGAGAUUCUUAUAAGGGUACGGGAAUGAAUUGUCCUCAUGGAGGGUUCCUUCGACUUGAAUUCCUACAAAUGCGCUUGUUGGACAAUCUAGAAGACUUGUCAGUGGAGGAAGGAGCAAUGCCUAAUCUGAAGACAUUGAAAAUUGAGUAUUGUGACCAAAUGAGGAAGUUCCCAGAUGGAUUAUUGCAGCUGAAAAAGCUCCAAAGACUAAACCUCUAUCCGGUAUCCCAAGAAUUGAUGAGUGGGGUUUUAGAGACACAAGGAGAAGAUUGGAAAAGGAUCCGUCGUAUAAUCACCUCCCAGGUACCUCCCUGA